AUGGCACUCAAUAAGAUGGAACUCGCCAACGGUCGAAUGCCAGACUUGAUCGACACGUCCGGCUCGGUCAUCACCAAACACAGUCUUGCCGAGGCCGUCGAGGAGCGCAAACUACGCUCCAAGCAAAAGUUCAACUUUUCGAAAAUCGAAGACUUCCGACUCCGCCGAAACUCAAAAGCGCUCCAGAAGCGUGUCCGAAUCCCGGCCAAAGCGUGCCAAGGCAAAGAAGACUCUUCCGCUGCUUCGGAAGGCAACACGGAAAGUCAGCAAAAGCCAUCCAAGUCUGCGAAGCCGCAACAACUCCGCGGAGUCACUGGGCUGAAAAAUCUCGGCAACACUUGCUACUUGAACACGAUCGUGCAAGUACUCGCGUCGUUGAAAUGCUUCCGCGAGGCGCUGCAAGAAGUCGAGUUCGCCGUCCAAAGCCCGACGCGCAACUCCUCCGACGACGGAUCAAGACAUUCUAGCGGGCUUAAAAACUGGGGGCUAAUUACUGUAAUUCGGCAUUACAAAUCGAACAGUUCAAAAGCCAUCGAUCAGACAAAAUCGCUGCAGCAGCUGGUUGGGGAGCUCAAUGCCGGCCGACGACUCACUGUGGAGCCGUCUUCGUUCGUCCAAGCAGUCCACGACCAGUUGCCCAACUUCAACGGCCACAUUCAGCAAGACGUCCAAGAGUUCUUCUGCCAGCUUCUUUACAAGCUGGAAAAGGAGCGGACAAAGGGCUGCUCGGAAGACAUUCUCAACUGCGUCGUCAAUCGAAUGUUCACCGGGCAGUGGCAGUCGGAAGUCAUCUGCACCCAGUGCGGAAACAAAACCACCAAAUCGAAAAGUUCAACACGCUGCCUUUGGAAUUCCCAAAUAAGUAUUACAAGAAUACUGGAUCCGGCACCCAGUCAUUCAUCCGGGCAGGAGAAGAUCGCCUGCCACGUGGACUUCCCAGAAAAGCUCAACCUCACGCCUUACAUGACGCACAAAGCGACCAGCCCAGAGUACGUUCUUCGCGCAGUUGUUGUCCACCACGGAAAGUACUUCAACUCGGGCCACUACACGACGUUUUGCUACAAGGACUCGGAGAAGAAGGACGGCAAAGCAUCCGGCUGGGUUCAGGAGAGUUUUCAAAACAAUCUCAAAUUAUUCAUCUUUCAUGAAAAUUCUGGAUCCUGCGUAGCAACCUGA